UAGUAGUAGUACACUCUCUGCGUCUUGAUUCAUAGGGACUCAACUGCAUGGUAACCAAACAGAAGAAAGAAAAUGAGUGAAAAUGAGCUUAAUAUAUCACCCUUCUCAUCCGAGAAACAGAGAAAACUUGUUAGUCAGAUGAAGUCAAUUACUUCUUCAGAUGAAUCAGGUUAUAAUGAAGUCGGAGACAUUUCUUCUUCUUCUUCUAUUGGGUCUCCAAUUAGAUCCAUAUUUUGUCUCAAAGAAAAGGCGGACACGAAGCGCAUAGAAGAAAUAGAGGACUGUUUCAUCUUGGAGUUCGACCCUUACGAGCCCCUCGACGUCUUCAACCUCUCCACGAACAAUAAUCUUAUUGAUGGUCAUCCUGAUGGUGCUAAUGAUCUCUUUGUUAUUGCUGAAAAAGGCCAGGUGGCUCUUAGAGAUUAUCCACAUUCAAGGCAUGCAUGUCUCAACUUCCCCUUUCAUACAACACCUCAUGAGAACUACUGCAAGAUGUGUUAUUGUUACGUUUGCGAUUCAGCUGCACCAUGCAAGUACUGGACAGAGCCUGAACCAGCACAUUGCCAUGCUUCAGAGCACGUAGAAUAUUGGGAGUUCCAAAAGAAUUUGAGAAGAGGCAACCCACCUUUAAUGGCAUAUGGCAGAGAUUAAGUAAAUUAUUUUGCUAUGAGGCUGUCAAAUUCAAGCUUUAGAGUUUAAUAUUUGGGUCACAUAUAGCUUUCUGUUUUUUAGAAGUCUUUUCAUUUUGAAGAGGAAUAUGUGUCAUCAUUGACAUAUGUAGAUAUCCUAGUAUUUGUAAAGAAUGGAGAGAGAGUUGGGAUCAAAUGAAAUUCGUCCAUUUUAGUUAUAAGUGGAGUGCAUUUUGUUUUGUAGUCUGAUACAGAAGGUGAUGUAACAGCAUGAAAUUAGUGCAUUAAGUAAUUUGAAAUUUAGAAGCAAGCAGUGACAUUUAUCUGAAAAGAAAAAGAUGGAUAGCCUAGCCUUUGAAAAAGUAGCAGUGACAUUUAUCUGAAAAGAAAAAGAUGGAUAGCCUAGCCUUUCUAAAAGCAGUUCUUUUUCUGUACCUGUAUUUUUCUUAGCCUUUGAACU